GGUUAGAUAAUCCAGUCUGGGACCAGGCUGUGACUUCAGGCUGACGUGCCGCUCCAGCCCAGCCCAUCCUGCGAUGCAGCGCCGCUGACGCUGUCCGCUCCGCAGUCUGUCGGUGAGAAAACAAGCCUCGCUCCUCCACAGCUGCACAUGCGUUUCACCGAGAACAACACCACCGCCAACCCCGGAGACGAGAUGUAUCACUCUGACCAUGGUGUAGACUUCCCUGACCUCUCCUUCCAAAUCCCUGGCUGCCCUGCAGAGAGAGGCCCAGCAAACAGAGUGUGAAUACAACUGCCAACACACCUCGUUUCAGCCUCCCCCCCUCACCCGUACAGGGCCUCGCUCAGCUGCUGCAGCUCCAGUCCCUCCCUCGCUCCUCAUAGGCCAUGGACAGCCCUCCUAAACUGUCUGGUGAGACGCUGAUUGUGCACCACAUUCCCCUGGUGCACUGUCAGGUGUCGAGUAGGCGGCAGGGUGGCUGCGGGAGCUCAAUGAAGAGGACCAACCCUUUUAGCCCACCAGAGAACCUGGGCUUGAGUCGCACCACUUCCCUUCCGGAGAGAGACGUCCUCCAGAGAGAAGCUCUCCUCUACAGCAGCCUGAUCCAGACCUCUAGUGGCUCCUGGUCCUCCCACAAUGGAGGAAGAGAAAGAAAGGGUGGCGGGAGAGGCGGCAGCACAGCCAGCGAUGAUUCAUCAUUUGCCUCGAGCAAUUCGGAGGACCAGCUGAUUACAGCGCACACAUUACCCAGAGCCAAACCGAGGAACAGGAAUCCAUUCCGUCACAAUCCUUUUCUGCUGAAUACCGAAGAGGACGAGGAUGACGAAGGGGAAGAAGAUGACGGUGACAACCUCAGUGGUUACCUUGAAGACUCUUCCUUUCACCUUCACAGUGACGCUCACUCUGCUCUCAAUGACGGUUUGACUUCCUUCCAUUUGCACGACCUUGGUUUUGCUCCCCAGCCCUUCCUCCUUCACAGCUCAGUGGGAGGAAGUAGUGGGGAGUCCCUGAGAGGUGGCGCCUCGGAUCUUUCAAACCACCUAGAAGACCUCGAAAUUUUGGAACUUGCCAGUCAACGGCGCCAUGGAAGCAGUGGCUCCAACAUGUCGAUGGACUGCGGAGAUCAAGAUUGGGGUGAUGACGACGAAGAAGACGAAGAUCAUCCGAUGAGGUGUGGGAGAAGCAGCAAGACGGGCUCCUACUCUUCCAGCUCUUCCACCCAGCACUGCUCCUGCUGUACUCUCUCCCAGAAUUACCCUCGGCACUUCCCCGAGGCGUUCUCCGAGCCGUUCUUAGAGUGCCAGCAAGGCUACGGCAGCGACUCCUCCUGCAACAGCUCCGAUGGUGUGCUCGUCAACUUCAGUGCCAUCUACAACAAGAUGAACAACAGCGUCCCAGAGAAGCCACCAGUCUCCGGUCCCACCAACCUCAACAGCUCCACCGACCACUCCUGCACCUCAUCUGCUUCCGAUCUACCAGGAAACCGAGACUCGACUGGAGGGGCUUUCUAUUUGGACCUUCACACUUCUCCAACCGAACCUCCCCUAUCUCAACAACUUGGAAACACAUUCCCUCUCAUCCGUGAACCACGCCUGUCCUCUUCCUCCACCUGUUCCUGCUCAGUGGAGCACCAGGGGGCUCUUGACCUCGAUGCCAACUGCAACUCCUACCACCCUCCUCACGCAGGGUCCUCUGGCGACCUCGCUUCUUGUCUCCAGAGUCAGGCACGACUGGUCGUCGCCACCCAGAACUACUACAAACUGGUCACGUGCGACCUUUCGUCGCAGUCGUCCCCGAGUCCCGCGGGCUCCUCGGUUCACAGUUGCUCAGACGAACACAGCAAAGGCAGCCCCACCCCGACUCAGCCGAGUGAGUACUUCCUCUUCAGGCAGCAAGCUUACGAGGAAGGAGUGGAGGAAGAGGAUGAAGAGGGAGAGACAUCUAGGGAUGAUGAUAAUGAUGAUAAUAAUGACAAUGAUGAGGAGAAGAAGAAGAAUCAGCAGGGAGCUAAAGCUGGUCCUGUGAUUGAAGGCCAGGUGUAUGUCAACAUUUCUCCUCCUCUGUCUGGUCGGGGCGUUAUUGGAGCGUCUGCAGGAAGCCGUCCACGUUCUCGCAGCUACGAUCGCAACCUGGACAAGUCUCCGUCUCCACGGCUCGGCUCGCUGGAGCGGAUGCUGAGCUGCCCCGUCCGGCUCAGCGAGGGCGCUGCCGCGACCCCACCUCCUCCUCCGAGGGUCACCUCCUUCGCAGAGAUAGCUAGAAGCAAACGAAGAAAUGGAGGAGCGGGUGGAUCGCCCUCGGUGAAGGCUGCUUCAGACGCCGUCUCCUCUCACUCGCACUCCUCAGUGGACUUUUCUCCGAUCCUGGAGCAGCGUGUCGAGGCUGACAGUCAGGCCCUGUCGCCUGUACCCUUUACCAGAUGUUACAGUCAAGGCAGCAUAGAGCGACACCUGGAAGGGGGGAGAGAAACCCGGGCCAAGGCAGAAGGUGGUCUCUCCAGUUCUGCAGACAGCCGCUCAGCAGUGGUCCGCUACAGCAAGGACCAGCGGCCCACGACCCUUCCCAUCCAGCCCUUUACCUUCCACCACCAGUUUGCAGCUAAAGCCCCCCAGCCCAAGCCCCUGGCGCCCCUGCUCACAGGCUACAUCUCUAGCAUGCAGGCCCGCUCCAGCUUGGGCUCAGGCUCUGGGUCUGGAGGUCCAGUCGGGGAGGACGGCGACGACGCAGCUGAGAAAGUCCACAGCUUCCAGGGUUCUCUCAUCACAACGGCUCCUCCUCCUGGAUCGGUUAGGCCCUCGCCUCUUGGGAGUUACUCCCCGGUCCGACUCCAGGGAGCACCCAGCUCCGGGACCUGCUCCACCUGCACCCCCAGCCCUAAGCCAACGCACAGCCUCUCCUGCCCCCUUUCAGCCGGCCUCGGCCCCCUGCAGACCCCGCCCACGAUAAAACAGGCGGGGGCAUCAGCGCCGUUACCCCCUACUCCUCCUCCUUCAUCACUGGGGCUGAAGAGAGGGGCGGUGCCACCAAUGCUGCCAGCAGUGCAGGGACACUGUUUCCGCCGUGGAGGGCUGCCCGGCUUACCAGCGCUUCACAGUGACUCUCUGAGCCCACUGGGCUGCCUCGACUCUGCAAAGCACGAGGAGGGCAACAAAGGGCACGCAGCCAGGACACAUAAUGCUCUGGUGAAAGCCGUGAACACUGCAGUGGAUCUGAUCGUGGCUCACUUCGGCACCAGCAGAGACCCCGAUGUUAAGGCAAAGCUCGGGAACAGCUGGGUGAGUCCCAACGUGGGUCACCUCAUCCUGAAGUAUCUGUGUCCGGCUCUACGUGACGUGCUGCAGGACGGUCUGAAGGCCUACGUGCUGGACCUGAUCAUUGGACAGCGCCGCUGUCAGCCCUGGAGCCUCGUGGAGGCGUCCACACAGCUGGGCCCGUCCACACGUGUUCUCCACAGCCUGUUCUCAAAGGUGAGCCAGUACUCGGAGCUCACGAGCCACAGCAUGAGACUGAAUGCUUUCAUCUUCGGCCUGCUCAAUCUGAAAUCUUUGGAAUUCUGGUUCAAUCACCUCUACACACAUGAAGAUAUUAUUGCCGCAUACUACAGCCCUUGGGGUUUCCUUCCCCUGUCACAGGGGCCGUGUCAGCCCCUCUUUGAGGAGCUCCUCCUGCUGCUGCAGCCUCUCUCACUGCUCCCCUUUGACCUGGACCUGCUGUUUGAACCACAUCUCCUCCAAAAGGGACAAGAGCAGCUUCGUCGCAAAGAGCAGCUCUGCUCUGCAGGCCAGAGCGUCGACCAGUCGAAGUGCUCCACCUUCCAGCUCAUGAGGGGGUGGAGCAACACUGUCAGUGAGAUGGUCAAGGACUCAAGCGCAGAGGUGAAGAAAGAGAAGGCGGGGCUCAGGCGAGAGGGAACAUGGCCAAGGAUGGAGGGAGUUGGAUCGAGAAGAGAGGCAGCAGCGGGGAAAUCGAUGCUGAGGAAAGAGAGCGUUACAGCUCGGAGCAUGACAGCUGGGCCUGAUUGCAGAGGGACAGUGAAGGAAGUAGGGUUUGCACAUUUAUGGAAGGAGAGGGGGGUCGAAGGGCAGAGGGUGAAAGGUGUAGGACAGGAGAGCCAUGGAGAAUAUGAAGAUAAAAAGGAGAAGGACAAGAGGAAGGAAAAAGACAGAUUUCCUGCAGAUGAAGGGCGUCAGCGGCAAGACAGGCAGGCCGGCUGGUGGUACCAGCUCAUGCAGUCCUCCCAGGUCUACAUCGACCAAUCCACAGAGGGGACAAAGUUUGUUAAGACCGAGAAGAGGAAGAAGUCAUCGGAGAGACGACAGGGCCAAAUCCCACCCACAAGAGAGGGAGUGGUAGAGGGAGCGGAGGCCACUCAGGAAGGUGAGGGCAGGAAGAGCAGCAGCAGUAGCUUGAGCGGGGACUCAUCUGGAUCCAGGGGGCGGCCUUCAUGGAUGGGCAGCCCCCCAGAGUCUGUCCUCAACCAGGAGAAUCACACCAACCCUCUGGAGGUCACGGUGACUGGGAGCCACGGCGGAGCCCAGGCUGAGAGCCCCUCACAGGGACAGAGUCUGCGCUGGAGCAGGCUCUUUGGCUCUAGUGUCGGUUCUCCCUCGAAAGCAGAAGGAGGUGAACAGAAGCCAAAAACCCAAAAGACCAGACCUCCAUCGGGCUGGCUCGGCUUGGAUCGGUCUGUUCUCGACCUUGUAGCUUUGACCAUUGGAGCAGGCCCCGGAAAAAAGGCGGAGCUUCCUGCCACACCAACUCGCACCCAAAGUACAGCUCCACCAGCGUCGACGUACCCAGCUGAGGCCAAACUACAGUCCAGCUGCGAAGUACGAGCACUGUGCCACCACAUCGCCACCGAGCCCGGACAGCUGAGCUUCAACAAGGGCGACAUCCUGCGCGUUCUGAGCAAGGCUGACCCCGAUUGGCUGCUCUGUUCCCUGGGCUCCACCCGGGGCUUGGUUCCAAUUGUCUACGUCACCCUCAACAGCAUGGAGGACAGCCAGGAUGCCCCUGGUUUCGGGCAAUGCUGAGCAAGAGAAAACUGUCCGAAAGGUGAAGCCAAACAGACAUGGAGGGUAUCCCUCCCGCACACGGACCGAACACAAAAACCUGUUUUCGUCUGUAAUUUAAAGGGAAAAAAAGACAAAUCAUUGUAGUAAAGCUGGAGAGGAUGCAGACAUGACUGCGAGGGCAAGCAUGCAGGCUCAACCACAAACAGACAUCUGCUUCAAGGGUACACCCAGACACGUAUGCAUGCAUACAUCCAAAAAAACAAAAAAGCACCCCACAAAGAUCACAAACAAACCCAAAGACUCUCAAGCGCUUCUUUCUCUGCCUCUCCUCCUAGCUUAGCAAUGUGCAGGUCCAGUCUAUUUAUCAUCCAGCUCUAAUUUCAAAAAAAUAGGCGGAUCUCUCGUGCUCCACACCUGGCUGCACUGUGCUGUACAGCUGUGCCACACGUUGAACGCGCCGCUCAAACGAUCGCCCUCGGUGCCGGCGCAGGUUAGUUUGACGUCCUCUUGUAAACUUAGUGCUAAUAUGAUCUUUGCAUUCGUGUAGAAACGAGUGAGUCUUUGCUUUUUGGUAAGAUUGAUAUGAAUGUAAGAGCUUUUGGAUAAAUGUUCUGUGAUUCAGCAUAUUUUUAUUAUUCUAAUGAGACGGUGGAGAUCUGCACACGAGCUCGUGACAGCAGCUGUUCAGACAUUCAAAGUGAAAAGAGAGCAGAAGGAGAAUCGGCUUUUUCUUUUUAUCCUCCGUUUUGUUUGAUCUGCCUUCGUUUAAGCGUGAUUGUUGGAUGGAUAGACAGUCAAAGUAAUCCUCCUUUCCUCACAGCUGGGAUAAAACGAUGGUUGACACCGAUGACUUGCAUGAAAUCUCUCAAGCUUUUGCUUUUCCUUACCGUCCUAUUUCCCCCUCUCCUCACUCUCACAUCUAAGAAGACUUGACAACCUGUGAGGAUGGCAGGACUGAGCUGGUGGGAACACGGCCCGAUUUAUUGGUACAUACUGUAAAUGCAUUAGUGACUUAAACGUCUGAUAAAUUCUAUUUAUUUAAUAAGUUGAGGGAAGCACCUAAAUGGAUGCUUACAGAAAACAUGGAUGUCAAAUGAAAGCAAAGCAUAGCUGUGCAGGUGCCUUUGGAAAUGGGGAUGAUGGGAUUUACCCCAGCAUGGAAGUUUAUUCCGGUUCAAAGUGCAAAGAUCUCAUUCAUGCCUUAAAGCACAAGUGUCGAACUCCAGGCCUCGAGUGCCGGUGUCCUGCAGGGUUUAGAUCUCACCCUGGGUCAAGUCGAGUUCAUUACCAGGCCUCUGGGGCCAUUUAAAUCAGCUGUGUUGGAUCAAGGACACAUCUAAGACCUGCAGGACACCGGCCCUCGAGGCCUGGAGUUCUACACUUGUGCAUUAAAGAGUGUAGGUGGGGGGGGGGCACCUGUCCAGCUAUUUGUCCUGAUGGUGUAUUUUGUACGUGCUCUGACAUGUCUAAUGCGACGCGUCCUCCAGAUUUGUCUGCACACGUUCACGUGAAAGAAAAGGAGAUCUGUGGUGAUAUUUUUGAUGUUUAAAGGGAAACCCCGACACAUUGUUUGUGAUGGAGGCUCUGUGGGGGUCCUGUUCAGGUGCAAAAUGUGGCCUUAGGCUCAAAAUGAGUUGAUGGAGAACUAAAAUUCCGACUGUAUACUUUAAAUGUAUACAGAAGGCCAGUCUGGAAAAUUAUAAAGAGGUCAAAUUAAUGUACAUAUAUUAAAUAAAUGAAUGCUUGUGUAUUUUUUGAAAAUCUCACAUAGGAUAUAAUUUCACCAUUUCAGUUUUCCGUUGCUGUAUAGUUUUUAUUUUUCUGUAAGACUUUUAACAUCUAAUUUCAGCGAGAUGAUUAACAUUUCAUCCAAAUGUAAAUAUAUUUAAAACCCUCCUGAAUUAAUUUCUGCUGUAGAGCUGUACGUACAAAUGUUAUUAAAGGUUUCUCAGUGCAUUUUAUGUUGACUACAGGAAGCGAGCAUAAGCUUUAGUCUCACUGCUAACCAACCUGCUGACUGUAAGUUGCCCGUCACGUUGGAGGAAGGCUUGCUGUUCGUUGACAUCCUGCUCAGAGCUCACCGGGGACCGACAGAAAUAAACACACAGUAAUUAAAACAGAGACGGGCGAGGGAGGCCCAGGGGGCCAGAGGCAAAGAGAGACUUCUUUUUAGAAUUAAGCAUUUAAUUAUCUGGGAUGUUGUGCAUUAAAAUACUUGUAGGAGUGACAUAAGAGAGAAGGAAAGAAAGGAGUGAUCUUUGUUUCUCUCGUCUGUUUUCUCCCUGCAUUCUCUCUCCCGGCUGCCUGUAAAUACCUUCAGCAUCAGUGACACUGCUCUUCUCUCUGUGUCCAGACUAUAUGAUGUGUACGUAUGACAUUAUCAAACUACUAUGGAUGUUAAAUAACAAAGUGCUCAUGUGAUCACAAA